UCCUUCCUUGAACUCUCUGAUACCGACUUUCAAUAUAAACUCACCACCUCCGCCAAAUACAAGCUUCGCUCACACACCACCCACCACACCAUCCAUGUCCCAGAACUCACCCCAAAUUUACUUAACACCUCGAAAAUCACCACCCUCUAUCUCGGAAACUCCAUGCUCGAGCGGCUAAAAACAACCGGCAAGAACACGGAAUUAGCAAAAUUGCCGUCAGCGUGGAAUGCGGGGUGCGGGGGGGAUAAGAAUGAGAAUGUGGUGUGGAGGCUUGCGGAGGGGUUGUACGAAUUCCUCCGGAAAAAUUGUGACGGCAAGGGAGAGGGGCAUGGGAUUAAGGCCGUUGUGUUAGUUUCCGGGACGAAUAAUUUGCGUCCCUGCAAACCGUUUCGCGCACAGGAUAUCACUUCCUAUCGUCUUCUCCUAGAAGCGUGUCUGAGAUUAGCGCCGAAGGGGUGCAUUGUAGCCUGUGAUAUGUUUCGGAGGAAGGAUGUUAGGGAUGUGAUUGUGGAGGAGUGUAAUGGGAUUUUGAAGAGGGUCGUCGAGGAGGUGAAUAAAGACUUAAGAGAUGCGGGGGAGGAGGAGAGAGUGAAGUGGGUGGAGGCAAGGGAGACCAUUGGGACUGACAUGUUGGAUGAUCAUGUACAUUUGAAUGAGGAGGGGUAUGCGGCCUGGGACCGGGUAUUG